UUAGCAACUGUUUCACUAUCAGCUGGAGAGAGACGAGUUCUUGCUUCAACAGUGUUUGAACGGAACCCAUCUGUCCGAAGCUUUUUUUUUCUUUCACGCUCCAAUUUAGUCUUUUUGACUUUGUUUUUUCAUCUCGAUCGCAAAGUAAAUCAUCGAAAUGGCAUCCCAAAUCCGCCAGAAUUACCACAGCGACUGUGAGGCCGCCAUCAAUCGCAUGAUCAAUAUGGAGUUGACUGCGUAUUACACCUACCUGUCCAUGGCUCACUAUUUCAAGCGUGACGAUGUGGCCCUGAAAGGCUUUGCCGACUUCUUCAAGGAGCAGAGUGAAGAGGAACAAGAACAUGCCAACAAAUUCAUGGAGUUCCAGAACAAGCGGGGCGGCCGCAUCUUCCUCCAGGAUAUUAAGAAACCUGAAAAAGAUGAAUGGGGCUCUGGUCUGGAAGCCAUGCAGGCCGCCCUGAAGCUGGAGAAAAGCGUCAACCAGGCCCUGCUGGAUCUGCAUAACAUCGCAUCAACCCAUGUAGACUCUCAUCUGUGCGACUUCUUGGAGACUCACUACUUGAAUGAACAGGUUGAAGCUAUUAAGAAGCUGGGUGACCACAUCACCAACUUGACCAAGACUGGAGCCAGUAACGGCGGGCUUGCAGAGUACUUGUUUGACAAGCUUACUCUGAAGGAGAGCAGCUAAACCAACUUGCACCGUAAACUAAUCAUGGUGAUGGCUUGGCCUCGUAAAGCAAUGUACAAGUCUAAGGCCUAAAUAAAAGUUGAGCAUUA